UCAUUCCGCCGAGGUACGAGUUAACGACUAGAACUACCCUCAGUUAUCGGAUCUUCAACGCCGCCGUUGAAUCGCUCGUUUUAAAAACCACCGGAGACGAAACUUGCAGGACGAAAGGAUGAGAUCUUGGGUGAGCCACCUCAUUAGAGCUUUCUUCGUUUUCGGAGCCAUCCUCUGUGCUUCCGCUUCGAUGGAAGAUACUUCUCACAUGAUUAUGAACAAUCCUUACGGACGUUCAUUGGAUGCCGAACUGAUCACGAGGUUAUUGUUGGCACCCCAGAGACUCUGCCAUCCGAAGAGAAAUUCGGAGCUGAUAAACUCACUGCUUAGUCUACCGAAGAAUAUGAAUAACGCUGGAAAAUAACGGAAAAUUUAAAUAGUCCAUCAUUAUACUCGCUUUCAGCAAUGUCUAUUUACUUACUAUGAAGUUGUAAAAUAAUACACCUUUUCUUCUAGAUGUCGGCAAUAAAGCAUGUGCUUGUAGCUCACCGUUGAGUCGAACUUUUGUUGAAAGUUGUACUUAAAAUGAAAAAAAAAAUGUGUAUCAAUCAAAAUGCUCUUCUAAUGACGAAGUUUGUGUUUAAUUCCAAGGCAAACGAUAAUCUGUUAGUAUCAAGUUUAGAACUUUGUAUUAUUUGAAUGCUUUAAUAAAAAAAUGUUAGCACCAUUGAA